CUCAAUCGUUUUAUUGUUUUUUCACGUAUAAUUUUAUUUCCAAUUUAAUUAAAUUUAAUAUUUGCUGAAAUCUAUGAAUAUAUCCUUACAUUAAUUAAUUGUGUUAUUUACUUUUAUUUAUGAACUAUUAGUCAUGGAUAAAUUCAGCACAUCCCGUUUUAAAUGUUUUAUACUCAUAACUCUAUUAACAUGAAAAUGCCAAAGCUAAAAAAGUAAAAACGAUUCUGUGUUUUGGUUUAAAUAUUGUGUAAAUAAUAUUAAAAUGUCGUCAAACAAUACUAUUGAAAAUUCUAAAAAUACUGAUAUGCUUACUCGAAGUUAUUCAGAUCGAAGUAAUGAUCGAAAUCGAGAUGCUAAUAGUAACCGCGAACGUGAUUAUGAUGGAUUAAAGCAACAAUGUGAUAAAGCAAUGCAUGAGUUGAUGAUGUUGAGAAGACAACAUGGAGAAACAGUUCGAAGAUAUGAUCAGACUAGAAAAGAAUUAGACUAUUAUCGUGGUCAAAAUCAAGUUAUGAUUAACCAAAUUGAACAGGCUGCCCAAGAAUCAUCUUCAUUACGUGCUAAACUAGCUGCGGAAAAACAAAUUUUAAAUAGAUCGGAACAGGAUAUUCCUGAAGAUGAUACAGCAAGUGGUGAUUCACUUAAUGAUCAUUUUAUGCCAUAUGAUUCAAGGCUAGAAGAUUAUGAAGCUCUGAGAAAGGGAUAUGAAGAUUUGCGCACUACACAUUCAGCAGCUGUAGAUAAAAUGGACAUGAUGAAAGAUGAAAUUAAUCAAUUAAAAAAACAAUGUAAUGAGUUAUUUAAAGAACGGGAUAUAGCUUUACGAGAAAGAGAUGGUUUAAAACAACAAUGUACAGCUGCUAUACGCCAAUGGGAUUUAACACUUCGAGAACGUAAUGAUCUUCAAGAAGCUAUACAAAAAGUGCAACAACAACAUGAAGAAGCAGUUCAAGAAAUGAAAGCUGCUGUUGCUUAUAGUGUAAAAAGUAGUAAGGAACUUAAAGACUUGAAUAAAGCUCAUGAUGCUGCUGUUAAAGAAUAUAGACUCAUUAUGAGUGAACGUGAUAGUGUUCAUAAUGAACUUGAAAAGCUCUCUGAAGAUUUAUCUCAAGCUUACAACAAAAAUAAAUCAUUGGAAAAUGAAAUAAAAUCUUGUAGAGAUGAAAAAAAAACUCUACAAUUGCAUGUUGAAUCAUUAAAGCGUGAAAUAUCAUCAGCAUUACAUGAUCGUGAUAAAGCACUUAAAGAAUGCAAUGAUUAUCAGGAAAGAUUUGGAGAAAUAACUGCUAAAAAUGAAUCUCAAAGAGAAUUUAAGAGUCAUUUAGAUUAUGGUUUCAGUAGAGAAAGAGAAAAUCGAAAUGAUUCACGAGAACAAGUAGCUUCUCUAGAUUUAUUCAACUCUUGUCAAAAAGAGCGAAUGGAUAAUUUAGAUCAAGCUAAUCAAGAAAUUGAACGUUUAAGAAAAUUAGCAGAUAAAUAUCAUAACGAAUUAGAUGAGUCUCUAGAAGAAGCAGAAGUAUCUAAAAGACGCCGUGAUUGGGCAUUUAGUGAACGUGAUAAAAUUGUGUUAGAGCGUGAAAGUAUACGAACCCUGUGUGAUAGUUUAAGAAAACAGCGUGAUGAUGCUGUGAGCAAGUUAGCGCGUGCUAUGAGAGAUUGUGACGAUAUAAUGAAACAAAAAAGUGAUACAGCUAAAGAACUCAAUGAUUUUAAGGAAAAAAUGGAAGCUCAAUUGGAAAAAGAAGCUCGUUUACUACAAUUACAGGCUACUGGUCGUUAUAGUCAAGACUCUGCUAUAGAUACCGACCUUCAAGAUUGGGAUACAGAAAUAUUAAAUAUUGAUUUAGGUGUUUUAGGGACAAAUAAAGAUUUAGGGAUUGAAUUACUUGGUGGAGCAGAUGAUCCUUUAUAUCCCAAUGAUAAUGCAAUUUAUAUAUCAUCUAUUAAUAAAGGAAGUGUUGCAGCAAGAAAAUUGAGAGUUAAUGAUUGUAUAUUAAGAGUGAAUAGCCUUGAUUGUACAUCAAUUAGUAAGCGAUUAGUUUUAGAAACUAUGAGAUCAUUAAGCAGUGCUACUUUGGUUGUAAGACGAAGAAAACCUGCUUCUCCAUCUAGGAGUCUUUUCACAACUCAACUUCAAGUAAAUAAUUAUGAUCAUGGAAUCUCAUUGGAAACUGGUGUAUACAUUAAUAAAAUAACACCUGGAUCUCUGGCUGCUAAAGAUGGAAAUUUAGAUGUUGGUGAUAGAGUAUUAAGUAUUAACAAUACAUCAGUCGAUAAUAUAAAACAUUCAAGAGAAGCAAUGCUGUUACUGCAUGAACCUGGUGAUGUAUUAACUAUUACUACUAUGAAAUCAACAUAUUGUGCUGGAAAUUGUGGUUCCGGUCCAAAUCGUGAUAUUUAUAAAAAAUAUACUAAUAGUACAACUCAAACCGACAAAUCUAGUUAUUCAAGAUAUCAAGAACCUUAUCAAAAACCUCAAUAUGUUCAGUCAAGAAGAGUGAUGCUUGAUGUACCAGAAAAACCUCAUAGAAAUCCUUCACCUGUCAAUAAUUCUAUCUCUGAACGAGAUCAAGAAGACGCUAUUGCAGAAUUAGAUUCUGUAAUAGAUGCUUUUAGACCACAUCCUGCACCUCCUACUGCUACUAAACAUUCUAGUCGACAUAGGAAGUCUAAGGAAUUAGACAAGAAUGGUGGUACUUGGCCGAAAGCUAGAAGUGGCCCUGUAAUUGAACAUGGAACAGGUACAAUACUUCAUCCUCGUAAAAACAAGGAACGUUUGCCAUUAUCUGUACUUUUAAAUAAUCCUCCAUCUUGGUCUUCUCAAAAUAAUUCAAAACCUGAUACUUCAUCUAUAGAUUUCUCUGUCAGAUCUGGUAAAGUUGGUAAAGAUGUAAUGGACUAUUAUGUCAAAAAGAAAACUGGCAAAUAUACAAAUAGCGAUACUGAAAGUAAUGCUGGGGAUAGCCUUGCUGCAAGACCUACAUCACAUAUGUAUGGACCACCAUCAACCAAUACUCAUCAUUUUUUCACUCCACAGUAUAGUAGAUAUUCUCAACCAUCACCAUCUCAUAGUGGAGAAUCAAUGUUAUACUGUUUUGAACCUCCUUAUAGUCACGUGUCUCAAUAUCAUAGUCACUCUCCUUCGGUUGAUAUGCACUACAAUAGACAUACAACUAGAUCACCUCAUCGCAUAAUGACUAAUAUCGGCUAUCGUGGUGAAGAUAUGCCAGAAUCCUAUCAUGGUUAUGAAGUUGGUACAUUUCCUAGAAAGAGAGAAACUCCUAGAUUUAGAAUACCUUCCAACCCAAGUGUGGCUAGUAAAAGUAGUGGUGGUGCAGUUGGUAUAUCAACUGGGAGUAUUGAUAGAUCUGUUAGUAGUGAAAGGGAUAGCCCAAUGCCUACUUUUAGAGUUGAAGUUCUUAAUCCUGGACAAAUACCUAUGCCUGCUAACAAGCGACAAUCUUUACCUGAAUAUGGUUGGGCAUCAAAAUAUUUGAAAAAACCGCUACUAAGAGGUGUUGGAAGUGGUCCAUUAACUGGCGAGUUGAGAUGGAUCAGUAUAGAAAAAUCAGUAGAACCUCUAGGAAUUCAGAUAUCUUGUGUAGACAGUGGUGGAGUUUUUGUAUCUACUGUUAGUGAACAUAGUGUAGCUUCCAAAGUAGGUCUUCAAGUUGGAGAUCAGCUUCUAGAAGUUUGUGGCAUAAACAUGAGAAGUGCAACAUAUCAAUUAGCUGCAAACGUUUUACGACAGUGUGGAAACUCAAUUACCAUGCUAGUACAAUACAGCCCAGAUAAAUAUCAAGAAUUAGAAGGCGCUGAAAGUUCAACUAGCAGCCGUUCAGAAACACCAACACCGUGCAAUUCACCUACUGUUAAUAGAAAAUCUACUGGUGCUUCAGUUAUAACUCAUGGCAUGGCUACAUUAACUCGUCGAAAGAGUGAUAGAAAUACAGAUAGUAGAAGCAUAAGAGCAUAUGAACCACGGUAUUUUAUCAUGGAGACUAGGAAGUGUAGUAAUUUAGGAAUAAGCCUAGUUGGUGGAAAUGCUGUUGGAAUAUUUGUACAUAGUGUUAAUUUAAAUUCAUUGGCUUAUAAUGCAGGGUUAAGAACUGGAGAUCGCAUACUUGAAUAUAAUGGAACAGAUUUAAGAGAAGCGACUGCUGAAGAAGCAGCUUAUGAAUUGGCCAAGCCAGCUGAAAAAGUCACAGUUCUCGCACAGUAUUUAAUUGAUAAAUAUAAUGAAAUAAAGGAUAAACCUGGUGAUAGCUUUUUUAUACGAGCACUGUUUGAUCGUACAAUUGAAUUAAGUGAUGCUGGUAGUAAUUCUUCUCAGCUGCAAUUUCGCAAAGAUGAUGUUCUGUAUGUAGAUAACACAAUGUAUAAUGGAGUUCCAGGCAAUUGGCGAGCGUGGUUAGUUGAUCACAAUGGUUAUAAACAACAAGUUGGCAUUAUACCUAGCAAAUACAAAGUUGAGGAAGAACUUGUAAUUAGACGUAGUGGGGGCGAAUUAGAAGGCGAUGCACGACGUGCAACAAGACGCAGUUUCUUUAGACGUAAAAAGCAUCAACGUAGCAGUUCCAAAGAAUUGGCUAGUUUUUCAAAUAUAAACUUAGGAUGGUAUAGUAGUGACUCUGGUACUUUACAUGAUGAUGGCAUUGUUGUUGCUUCUUAUCAAAGAGUUAUACGGUUAAAUUCUGAACCUAGCAUACGUCCUGUAAUGGUGGUUGGACCUCUUGCAGAUUGCGUAACUGAUAAACUAAUAGCAGAUUUUCCUGAUUUAUUCAUGCGAUAUAUACCAGAGGCUAAACAUUGUUCUCAAGCCUCUAUGGAAAAAGGAGUUGCUGAUAGUGUGUACAUUGAUUAUCGGAAAAAAGGGUCUAUUUAUGAAUGCGUUUCUGUUUCUGGACUUAAAGAAGCAUGUAGCAAAAAUUGUCAUUGUAUAAUUGAUAUUGGCCUAACCAGUGUUGAGAGACUUCAUMGUCAUCAUAUAUAUCCUAUUGUAUUGUUAAUUAAGUUUAAAUCUACUAAACAAGUGAAAGAAGCUAAAGACUCUCGAUCAUCUCAUGAUAAAAUUUCUGCUAAAGCAGCUAAAGAAAUGUAUGAACACGCGUUAAAGCUUGAAUCAGAAUAUCGACAUUACAUUUCAGCCGUCAUACCAGCUGGAGUUAAUGUGGCAUACAUGUGUACACAAAUUAAAGCUGCCGUCGAUUUAGAACAAAGCAAAACACUUUGGGUUCCUUCUCCAACUCCACUUUGAUAACAAGUGUUUUAUAAAUUACUGUUCCGUCCAAACAAUUUAGUUUUAUUAUUAUUAUUAUUAUUAUUGCUUUUAUACUAAUUUGGGAAUACCCUUCGAGUUUUAUAUUGAAAAAUGUUUUUUAAACUGUUGUUGGUUGUUGGAUUUUUUUUUAUACAUAAUAAUUUUGUAUUUAAAAGUUUUACUGCUUAUAACCUAUUAAAUAUGUAAUGCAUAACAUACUAUAAAGAGUAUCAAUGAUAUUAUUAUAAACAUUAUCUUUAAUUAUUCUAUUUUAUAAGAAAUAAAAUAUAGCCCUAUUUUAUCUAUUUUUAAUGAGUGGUUAGGUGGAAGUGAAGUGGCUAAGUUUAUUGUGGCUUUGAGAGGAGAUACAUUAAAGAUACAAUGUAUCAAUAUAUACCCAAAUUUCUAACUUAAAGUACAAUCUAUACAGCAGAAUGAAAAAAUAAUAAGAAUUAUAUUAUAAGCACUGGUGUUAAGCUGUAGAUAUCAAUUUUUUUACU